CGUGUCGAUAACACCUUCUGACUAGGGCUGCAUAACCAUAACAUAUUAUAUAUAAAUAAAUAUUCUAACAAACUGGAAACUAAACCUUGCCAUUGUUGAUGAGCCCAGCAAGAACACAGGGAGCAUGGAGCAGGGUGGUGACAAAAUAUAUGACGACUUCUUCGACGACUUGCGCAGCAACAAUGGCCCACGGAACCUGAGCCAGAUCUUCGAGGAUGAUGUCAAGCCGCUGCAGAACGAGUCCCGCAACAUGCGGUACCAACCAUCGUCGGUACUGAAGCAUCAGCAGCGACAGCAACAUAAAAUUGAAAACAAAGAAAAGCCCAAGUCCGCUCUAAGCCAGAAGUGGAAUGUGGAGCCCGGCGUUUGGACCACUGUGAUAGCCAAGGUGGCGCACGCGUUCAAUGGCAGCAAUGAUAUGGGGCGCGUGGGCGUGGCACUUUCCCUGCAUGGCGAUGGAAUCGCCAAGCUGAUUCUAUACAAGACAAAGAGCAAUGUGCUAGCCAGCGUGGUGCUAACGGAGGCGACCGCAUCUGUGAUUGAGCGCGAAUCCUACAUACAGUUCUACGCUGAUGACAAGCGCUUCUGGAGCCUGCGCUUCGACCUGGACGCGGAUGAGCAGGAUAUUAUCAAGGCGUUGCGCAAGUACGAUCUGCCAUUGACGUGUGGCAGUGCCGCUUCCAGCUGCAGCUCGUCCUCGAUCUCCGAUCAAGACAAUAAGCCGGAGGCAAAUGUCAAAAAGAAGUCGACAACGCCGCAGCUUCAACUGCAGCCUCCCCAGCCACAGCCUCGGUCCCGUCUUGGUCCGAAUGUAAGCACAACACAUCGCCCGUCCGAGGAGCGUCCAUUGGCAGACGAUGUUUUAAUGACACCGGUGCCGCGCGCCAUUGGGCUCAGUCGCAGCAGCAACUUGUUGCCGGUACGUCCAAACGAAGAGGAGAUUCACGAAAGCCUAAUAGUAUCCAAGAGGCUGGGGGACUCUGGCAGCGAGAUGUACAAGAAAAUGGACACCAUACUGCAGGCGAUGCAUCUAUUGGUAAGCGGCGCUAGCAGCAGUACACAACUGAAUGAGAAACAUCAGAUCACACUGGACGCCGGUUCGGAGAACUCGCAUGAAAGUGAAGACGAGCUGAUCGAGCUGGAGCAGAAGUUACUCAAUCUGAAGCGCGAGAAUCGCACACUGGUGAAGAGCCUCCGGGCCAAAGAGCAGGCGCUGGAAGAGUUACGUACGACCAGCAGUGCUCUCGGCGAGCAAAACAAGGAGCUGAAACAGCAGAACACUGCUCUCCUGGCGGCCAUGGCCAGCAAGGCGUACGAACAGGCCAACAGUACCUCCACUAGCUGCCUCAUUUGCGAGCAAUCCGCGAGCCUCAUAUCUGUGCUCAAGCGUCAGGUGGCGGCGCUACAGAGUGCCAUGGAGACGACGGCUUGAGCAGAUGCCGCUGGUGGUCACAGAAACAGACAUUAGAGAGAUCAAGCAAUGCUAUAUUUUCGUAUUAUGUUUUCCAAUGUAUUAAGCGUGCUUUUAGGAUAACGAUUCGUGUAUCCUUAUCCCCAUCAAAUAGAAUAUAUUUA